AGAAAACCUACAAAAACGAACCAGAUCACCUGGAAAAAUGGCUGAAAAAUUGGACUUGGAAGCGAAAAAGAUUUCCGAAGGCCCAACUCUAUCCGAUAUGCCGAUUGGAGUGAUUCAUGAAAUUGUGGACAACUUGGAAGGAAUGAAACGAUUAGUUCUCCGUAAAGUUUGCCGAAAAUUGCGAGAUUUCAUGGACAACAAAGAUCCGGGAAUCAGAAAGAUUUCUGUGGAAGUAUCUGAAGAGCCCCCGCAUUGCUUGGACAUUGAUGAUUGUUGCAUUUCCUAUGAUAUCAGUGGGGAUGGUUGUACUGUUCAAGCCUUUGGCGGGUCGAAUAAAUAUAUCGAGAAGGUUCCAUUGAUUGGGAUUCUGGAUGAUUUGGCUGUGAUUCUGAAGAAUCCGAAACUUCGAUUAAAUCUUUUGGAAGUAUCGGCAUUCGAAGAGCAGAGGGCAAUUUUGAAGGCUUUUGGAGAAAUUUCCAGCAUGCUUCAUACUAAACGAAUAACGCUAGAGGGUUUUGAACCGUGUGAUUUCAUCUCUAUGCUUUCGUACUUCAAACCUGGAAUUCUCGGGGAAAUUAACAUUGAGAACUUGUCCAAUUUCACAGAUACCACUCAAGUUUGCGACUUGUUUGAGCUGGAACAAUGGAAGCAAGCGAAAUCGAUUUCAAUCAUUUCGAAGAAACAUUUUAAUUUUCCAAUUGAACACCUCUUCCAUCUCUCUCGUUUUCAAGUCAACUGGAUGAGAUUGUCGGUUGAUGAUGCUAUUAAGAUCAGAGAUGUUAUCAUGAAAUCCUCUCAUUUUGAAUCUGGAAUGAUAUUGGCAGAAUAUGAAAUUGAGCCAGAAGUUGUGAGAGUUUUCGAUCCAAACUACAAUGAAGCUGGCAAUUUUGAUCUCGUCAAAUGCGAAAUCGAGAAAUUUCUAGUUAAAAUCUAUGGGAAAAGUUUGAUAAUCAAAAAGAUUGAUUAAUGUUAAGAUAGAUUUUAGAUAAUUGGAAAAUAAACCGUUUUACU